AAUAAAACAAAGAGAAAAGGGGACAAGCAACGAAGGAUGUACCCCCACAACAUGUAUUUUGAGAGCCCUAUAUAAAUGCCAGGAUGCCGUCUGCAGUGUUAGUUGUCAUCAGAAGACCGCGUCAGUAUCUCGUGUGCUCGCUGGCUGCUGUUGCAAGAUGACCUCGUUGACAACAAGUCUUUUAUUCACCGCUGCUUAUCUGGUCUUGGUGCCCAGCCUUGCGGUCUCACAACUACAGAGGAAUUGCCCAGACAACUAUGUGCUCUUGGCUGACAAAUGCUAUGGCUUUCGGCGCACAGUGACAGACUGGAAUAACGCCCGUGCAACUUGUCUGAACGAGAAUGCUGACCUGACCUCCGUUCUCACGACUCAAGAGUACACGGAGAUUCUGGCGCAUCUGGCUGCUAACUACCCCGGCGUGUACUGGGUUGGAGGCGCCACGAGUAACCAGGGCGCGUGGAGGUGGGUGGCUUCGGGCGCGCCCAUGAAUGAGCAGUGGUGGGGCGGCGACCACACCCCCACUUCACAACGCUGCGCCUACUUCUGCUCCCAUACUCGCAAAUACUGGAGCAGCACAUGCGGGGUGUCCAAGAACUUCAUCUGCGAAAAAAGUGCGGAGACCGAAGCCGAAUCAGGAGAAGAAUUUGAACCAGAGGGGGACACCGAUCCGGAAAAUGAAUCGGACGAAGCAGACGCUGAGAGGAUACCUUCCCUUCCCUCUGUAAGGGCGGAGCUGCGGUCUGGAGUUUCGUCCACCACACAAAACAUGGCCUGUCUCGUUUUUCUGUUGAGUUUUUGUGCAGUCAUGGUCUAAUACAGAUAUAUGGGACUUGUGAGCCAGUGACUAAAAUGCCUUUUCAAACCCCAUGUGAAGCUCUACGUAACCAUAUUUGUACAGUAGAUUCUUAGCUUACAUGAGAUUGACUGAUCAGUGUGUUUAAGGAUUUGUAAUAUCUAUGAAUUUAUCAAUAAGUAAAAACUGGAGCCAACAGAAGAGACUCAGUUCGUGUGAUUUACGUAUCCAGAAAUGUAAUGACAUCAAUUUCACUCAUGAAAUUUACAUUUUAUCUACCUUUUUGUUAUUGAUGCUCUUAUUUUUCUUAGUGGGUAGUUAAUAAUUCAUUGAUGUUUCGAUAACGGGCAACUUUACCGUACUGUGGGGUCGUAACUUUCAAUAUCUUUUUAAAUCUCAGCAGUGUGGAGUUCGACCGUCACUAAUUCACUUUGUUUGGUCACCAUACAUAUGUAAUAUGUAUAUAAGUAAGACUGUAUCUGUCAUUGAUUUAGUACAAAUGAAACAAAUAAAGAAUCCCCGUGAAA